CUCCUCUCGCACGCCAGGGCCGUCCCUCGCGCUCUCAGGUUCGUUCUCCACCCUCUUGCGCCUUGAUCCCCCCCCCACUCUUCCAUGGCCCCGCCUCUCGCACUCCAGGCCCGCCCGUGCGCUCUCGGGUUCCUCUCUCCACCCACUGGUGCCAAGCCUCGCCCCGCGCCAGGGCCCCUCCCCCGCGUGCCCUCGGGAGUCCCGGGGAGGAGUUGCCGCGCGGAGGAGGCGUGGCCGCGGUGCCUGCGGAGGCGCGAGCGGCGCGGCCGGGACUUUGGCUUUGACACCGACUGCGAGCGGGAGCCGUUCGGCUGGUGCUGGGUCUGGACUGGCUCUGGCGGAUCCCGCGCCCGAGUUGGGCGCAGGACUUUUUGCCGGGGUAAACGCAACUGCGGCGCCGCCGCAAGUCCCGGUGCAGCCUCGGCGGCGGAUUUCGCCGCCGCUGCCGCCGCCUCCGAGCAGCCCUGCGGCUUCUAUUCACUCUGGGAGAGCGAUGCUAAGUUUCUCCCAUAGAAAGAGCCGGGACACGCAGACCGAAGCGGCGUAGGCGGCUUCCAGGGCCUGACCAGUGAUCCGCACCCGCGCGGACGCCUAGGCUGGAGGCAGGGGGCCCGCGCUGUCCCGGGCUGGGCUCAGGCUUCCGAGCCGCAGGUGGAAGAGGAACCGGCGCCCCGCAGAGCGGCCGAGAGGCGGCCAAGUGAAAGGUAAUUUUGGACACGCCAGGCAUGGAAGAUUCGGUGUUUGUCUAUAGUAACCUCUUCGGACCCUGAAUCCUGCACCUUCCGUUUUUCUGUGCUUGUACGGCCUACUGGGCUUCCUCCCUAGCCAGAGAGCUCUUCUGCAGUGGUGCGGCCUUCCCGGGAGCCUGAUCCUGGAGGACCAUGGGGAGCACCCUGGGCUGCCACCGCUCCAUCCCCAGGGACCCCUCGGACCUGUCCCAUAGCCGCAAGUUCAGCGCAGCCUGUAACUUCAGCAACAUCCUAGUGAAUCAGGAGCGGCUCAACAUCAACACUGCCACGGAGGAGGAGCUGAUGACCCUGCCUGGGGUGACGCGUGCCGUGGCACGCAGCAUCGUGGAGUACCGAGAGUAUAUCGGUGGCUUCAAGAAGGUGGAGGACCUGGCAUUGGUCAGUGGUGUAGGCGCCACCAAGCUGGAGCAGGUCAAGUUUGAGAUCUGUGUGAGCAGCAAGGGCAGCUCAGCGCAGCACUCUCCCAGUUCCCUGCGGCGGGACCUGCUAGCGGAGCAGCAGCCUCACCACCUGGCCACAGCUGUGCCCCUCACCCCACGUGUUAACAUCAACACAGCCACCCCGGCCCAGCUCAUGAGCGUGCGAGGCCUCUCGGAGAAAAUGGCCCUCAGCAUCGUGGACUUCCGCCGUGAGCAUGGGCCCUUUCGCAGCGUUGAGGACCUAGUGAGGAUGGAUGGUAUCAAUGCCGCCUUCCUGGACAGGAUACGGCACCAGGUGUUUGCUGAGAGGUCCAGGCCCCCAUCCACCCACACGAACGGGGGACUGACCUUCACCGCCAAGCCUCACCCGAGCCCCACUUCCUUGAGCCUGCAGAGUGAGGACCUGGACCUGCCGCCGGGGGGGCCCACCCAGAUUAUCUCCACUCGGCCCUCCGUGGAGGCCUUUGGAGGCACAAGGGACGGGAGGCCUGUGCUGAGGCUGGCCACCUGGAACUUGCAGGGCUGUUCCGUGGAGAAGGCCAACAACCCCGGGGUGCGAGAGGUGGUGUGCAUGACACUCCUGGAAAACAGCAUCAAGCUUCUAGCUGUGCAAGAACUGCUUGACAGAGAGGCCUUGGAAAAGUUCUGCACGGAGCUAAACCAGCCGACCCUGCCCAACAUCCGCAAGUGGAAGGGGCCCCGGGGAUGCUGGAAGGCUGUUGUUGCUGAGAAGCCCUCGAAUCAGCUCCAGAAGGGAGCUGGGUAUGCAGGAUUCCUAUGGGACGCGGCUGCCGGCAUGGAGCUGAGAGACGCGGGCUCACAGGAGAGCUCGCCCAGCAACGGGCACGGGAAGCCGGCGGGCCCCAGCCCAUACCUCGGGCGGUUCAAGGUGGGAAGUCACGACCUGACCCUUGUUAACCUUCACCUGGCAGCCCUGACCCUCCUGGGGAGCGAGAAUCCCAGCAAGAAUCACAGUGAUGGCCACCGGUUGGCGAGCUUUGCACAGACCCUACAGGAAACCCUGAAAGGAGAAAAGGAUGUCAUUAUCUUAGGGGAUUUUGGCCAAGGGCCAGACAGCAAUGACUAUGAUAUCCUGAGGAAAGAAAAGUUCCACCACCUGAUCCCCGCGCACACCUUCACCAACAUCAGCACCAAGAACCCUCAAGGCUCGAAGUCUCUGGACAACAUCUGGAUCAGUAAAAGCUUAAAGAAGGUUUUCACAGGUCACUGGGCUGUGGUGAGAGAAGGCCUCACGAACCCUUGGAUUCCGGAUAACUGGUCUUGGGGCGGGGUGGCUUCUGAACACUGCCCAGUGCUAGCCGAGCUCUACACUGAAAAGGACUGGAGCAAGAAGGACGCCCCUCGGAACGGCAGUGGGGUGGCCUUGGAGCGAAGUGAAGCCAACAUCAAGCACGAGCGAUGAUGACACCAAAUCCAUGUGUCCACCCUGGGACCCAGGGGGGCACAGCCAAGGAGUGAGCCCUGCAGGGUGACACUUCAGGGCAGAACUGCCUUUUAAUUUUUAUUCUCAGAGCAUCAGCACUUGAGGCCUUGCCCCACGCCUUCUCUGUGGACCAUUCAGGACCUCCAGUGGGGGUGGCGUGCCAGGCGCAUACCCCACCAGGUGGGCAAAGCAGAAACCUGCGGGGAGCGGAGACGCCUUUUAUCUCUGGAUGCCACAGACCUGAGCGGCAUUGGGCUGGCUGUCCGCUGCUGACUGGAUGGCAGCACAAGGACAAUAUGAGCAGAGGGAGGAGAAGAAGGGGUGCUCAGGCUGCGGGCCACAGUCCAGCAGCGCCAGAAGCACUCAUUUCUGACCACCAGGCUAUGACGUUCCUGCUGCGCAUUACAGAAAGCUUUUAACUGUGGUCAGGCACUCUGCUCAGAUACAUUGAGUGGCGAUUUUUAGUUUUGUUUUGAAAAAAUAAACAGAUUAACCUGC